AUGGUGCACAGGGUGAUCGCACUAUCUGGAUCGUCCACAGCUGGGUGGGCAAUACAUCGCUAUGGAUCAUCGAAUUGGGAAGCUAAAAACGUGGCCGCAUAUCUGCGUUGUGAUAAACAAAUCCCUGAAGAGGACUUAAACGACCUGUUGAGAUCGACUGGCGAGGUUGUAAUGGACCAUUGCAAUCUGCAGGAAACUGUAGCAGAUUGUCUGAUUGUAAGUUGA